ACAGCUUCUUUUUAUUUGUCAUCUCUCUUCUUAUUAACCUUGGUUUCAUCUCUGAGCUUCCAAAAACCCGGGGGCUUAUUCUCUAACAAACUCAAUCAACAUCUUUCUUAUAUAAUUAGUGAAUCUCAAUCAGUCUUUAUUACAAUUAUCUCCCAAGAAAUCUUACAAAACAGAAUCUGGAAGACAAAACAAGAUGCGGAUGAGCUGUAAUGGAUGCAGAGUUCUUCGGAAAGGGUGUAGUGAUGAUUGUAGUAUACGACCGUGUUUGGGUUGGAUCAAAUCGCCUGAAGCGCAAGCAAACGCAACGGUGUUUCUCGCCAAGUUCUAUGGCCGUGCGGGGCUCAUGAACCUCAUCAACGCCGGUCCCGAUCACCUUCGUCCUGGGAUUUUCCGAUCCUUGUUGCAUGAAGCGUGUGGGAGGAUUGUGAAUCCGAUCUACGGUUCGGUUGGUUUGUUAUGGUCGGGAAACUGGCAGCUUUGUCAAGCCGCCGUGGAGGCGGUGAUGAAAGGUGAGCCGAUCACGGAGAUGGCCACAGAUGCGGCGACCAACGGCCAAGGUCCGCCGCUGAAAAUGUACGACAUCCGACAUAUAUCCAAGGAUGAGAGCUCCGCCGCCGCAGCUGUGGCAGCAGCUACUGGCUCAACCGAUCUCAAACGGCCGAAACCUCGCCGCGCGAAGCGUGUCGCGGCCGUUGCUAAACCGUCGGAAUCUGAGGGAAAAGAGGCUAGCCACGUGUCGUCGUUGAGCCACCAGUCUGAAGUCGUGGCUGCUCAAGAAGGAGAGAGCAACAUCUCGGAGGUCAUGACGUUCUCGCCGCAGGCGGUGCAGAGUUCCGGCCAGAUCAAGCUUGACUUAACAUUAGGGCUCGAGCCGGUGUCGCAUGCGUGUAACGUGGUGCCUCUUAAGAAGAGAAAGAUCGGCGCGUUCGCCACGUGUCAGGAGGAGGUCCCGUGUAAGACUGAGCUUAAGCUCUAACUUUUUUCCUUUGUAAUUUUGCCUCGCGUCGGCUUCGUUCGGCUCGGCUGUGAUACCAUUGGGCCGAUAACUCUUUUUUGUAUUUCUCUCUAUAUUUCCUUUUUUGUUUGUACUCCCCCUGGGGAUAAAAAAUUAGUGCAUGUACAAACUUCUUUACAGAGAU